GUACCGCCAGCUUGGACAGGUUUAAGUCUAUUAUUCGUCUCUGAGCUACUCUUUUCGAAUGUCGACCUAUCUGCCUUGAGCGGAAGCACUCCCCCAUCGGUUGAAAAGAGCCAAGAGGUCCCGGUAUGGCUUACAGUGCUAACACCUCCAUUUGGGGCAAAAUGGGAGAGGAACAUCUCCAGUGUCCUGUCUGUCAAGACUACUUCAGACAACCAAAGAUACUCAGCUGCCAGCACAGCGUCUGCGAGAGGUGCUUAGAAAAGGAGAAAGUGUCGGCCGUGUCUAAGGUUGAGUGUCCAGUGUGCUGGCAAACCACGAUCCUACCGAAAGAUGGCGGCGUGUCUUCCCUCCGGACCAACUUCAAGCUAUUGGAUUUGGUGGAGGCAGCGCACAGACAGCACCAGAGGGAGCGGGGAUCCGUGCCGGUCUGCCGGGAUCACAGCUGGAAGGAGAGCCUACUUUACUGUGAGACUUGCCGAGAGCUGAUCUGUGAAGCGUGCACCAGCGAAGCACACAGCGGGCACGAGCACCGAGAAGUUGGGACGGCGGCCUCUGAGGCUAGACAGGAUGCCAAGAGAUACACAAUCGCCAUCAAAGCAUCAGUAAAGGACUUGGAGGAGAAAUUGUUAGCUAUCGAGAAGUUGGAGCGAGAUCUCAAGAGUGCCUCGGAAGACUGUCGUCAGGAGGUAGAUGCGAAGGCCAAUGAGGAGAUGGCCAGAGUCAGUGUUGCCAAGCAAAAAAUCAAGGACGAGAUCAAUUCCACUGAGAAGAGAAGGGCCCACAAUUUGGCGGAAUGCAAGCGCGAAUGCAGGGUUCUCAAGGAGAGCAUGAAAUCCGCGGUGGACAGUUACUGUGCCGCGAUUGACAGCGGUAACUUCGCCAGCGAUUUCGACUUCGUCUCGCUUCAUCCAAAGAUCGCAGCCCUAGCAGAACUGGAGAGUUGCAAAGGUCCCAAGGUCGACUUAUCACUGUCUGUUCUUCGGUUUGAAAGGUCUGGAUCACAGGAAAAUAUUUGUCUCGGGCGACUGGUUGAUAUAUAGGUAACAUUUCGUGCAUUCCGAGUGCCGCGAAAUUGGCUUUAAAAGAAAGGAAAACAAAAUGAAACGAAGCUGCCAUCAGCGCUAACAAUCCUGCGCCAUGAGAUUAGCGUCGGGGGCGCCCUUCAAUAGCAUCCUGGCUGAACAGCAGCUAUAGGCCCGUUUUGGCGUCGACGAUCUACUGCAGAGGGACUUCGUAGGGAGAAAGUGAUUGUCACUUUUUUUUUUUUUUUAAGGUGAUCAAUGGGGACCAGUUUCCCAAAACUAUUGACGGCUUCGGUCCAGGCCUUCAGACUACAGGUGGCCUUUUUCAUAAAGGUCCCUAAUCACUAUGCAAAAAGUCCACUCAAGGCGAUGAUGACAAGAGAAAGACACGGGAAAUGAGAUGAAUAGUGAGGCUGAACAAUUGCAUUCGAUCUUAACUAAAUUUGAUGAAGAUGAAAGCAAAAAUUCUCAUUCACCAGUUGCUAUAGAUAACCAUGUAAAGAUGGCAACGGAAAAAUAAACCUAUUUUUACUGGGGAAGCGUAUUUCAAAUGAACAACUAUUAAAAAUCCAAUGAUUCAUUAGUGCGUACCUCCUGAUAUUUUAAAGUAAAUUCUACGAAUCAUUAUUUUCAUAUUCUUUGGAAAACAUUACCUUUGUACUGCUUUGUCAUCCUGUACGCUUUUACGAAAAGUUUUACCGUUAGCCUCGAAGAAGGGCAAUCUUGGGGCUGCCAGUCAUUACGUAUAUAUUAACAUUCUCCUAUAUAUAUACUCCAGCGCCCUCAAUUGCUGAUGGAGCAUAUUGGUGGCGCUCUUACAAAUUCUUUCGCUUAAUCUGCAGCCGUGGUCUUUGCGGUUUUUAGUGCAGUCCCGUAAAGGCAACAGACCGCCUAUAAUUUUUAAAAAGGUUUUAGUUACAGAAAUCAAUUAUUAAUUAAAUAGAUUGAUAUAGUCGUUAAGAAACCCACUACACUAACACACUUGUUGCAGCAAUACAUGACGUUCUAACUGACGGCAUAGCCAUAACAUACAUAACGUUGUGGUUAAGUUUCAUGGAAUUUCAGAGAACGGGUCUUAAGACGAAUGAAAUUAAAUUUGGAUUAGAUUUUCUUCUUUAAAUUUCACCCCGUGACCUCAGCCCUGGUUUUAACAGGUAUUACCGCAUCCUUUACUGACUGAUUUACCGUACCUCAGUAGCUCACCAAGAUAAGACUUUCAUCGACAUUUGAAGUGUAAUCGUUUCCGUUGUAGUCUCGACAUUUAUAAUCCUGUUACGUUUGAGGUCAGUGUGAUGCCAAAAAUACCAAAGGUAUAAACGUCUGGAGGUCUAUACCUCCAGGUUUAAAUGGUGAAUCGUGAUUGAAAAUAAGUCCAUUAAUGAAAGUGUGAAAUAUCGGUGAAACGCGUACAUGUUCUUAAUUAUACCAUGAUGCCAGAUACCACAUUUCACAAACUCAUAUUUGAUGUUGAGAUUUCAAAGAUAAGCACAUUACGUUAUAAAUGUCAGUAGACGGUCCACAAAACCAUU